AUGAGUGAUGAUUUUCCUUGCAGGCGAAGGAAAAUCAGCUCGAAAGAAAGAAAAUGGGAAGAAUCGUUUUCAAAUCCGGAUCAAACAGUAAUUAUGUGGCCAGAGCAGGCAGCAGAACAUAUAGAUAUUUUAACAACACUUUACAAAUCCCAACAUGACGAUCAAUUUGAUGAUAAGGAGUGGACCAUUGUUGUGGAAGAGGUAACUUCUAAAGGAAGAAGGAGACCUAUAGCUGCUGUUCCGCUCAACAUUCGCCUUUUCAUUAUGGAUUUUGCUGAUCAGAAGUCUGAGCUUAAAUUGAAGCUCCGACCGCUUAUUCCUCAAUUAAAGCAAUGCAAUUUAAUGCUACUACUUUCAAGUCAACUGCUCAAGGAAGGAUUCAAAGAUGAUGUCAGUCUUGCCUCAACUGUUUCCCAUAAUGGACGGGAUUCGAGGGAGCAAAGCGUAUGCGAUGCCCUCAAUGCCUCUGAGGAACAAGUCGAUCAUGGCGAUGCUAAAAAAGAACUGGCUCUCGUUGUAAAUACAAUUCAAAGCCAGUCAUGGUCUUCGGACACAAAGAAGGUCCCGAAGACAGCGCCUAUUGCUGUAGAAGAGGCGGAACAGUCUGACAAUCGUAGUACUCCCGGUAUACAACAACAAGCCGCUGGCUCGAAGACUGAUUCAUUCACUGGUGAAGUGAACGUUGUUCAGCCACAACGACAAGAGUCCGAAUCAUCCGCUGGCCACGAUGCUGCUGGAGGAGUUCGGCCGCAUUGGCGAGUGUCAAGUGAAGAGAAAGCAUCAAAAGAACGUGAAACCUCUUCCACCAAGCCUACAUUGUCUUUCUUCGAAGUUGACGAGAAUUCGCAUCCUGUGCAGGUGACACCUCCUCAGCUUAUCAUUGGCCAGACUCCGUCACCGAAGACCAUCGGUAGGUCCCAUUCUCCGCGAGUACCAUCUCGCGAGCGCGCUCCUGAGCGAGUGGAGGGAGAAGCUCUGUUAGCCUGGGCUCAGCGAGUUACGAGCGGGUAUCAUGGAGUGAAAGUUAACGAUUUUACAAAGUCGUGGCGAAGUGGUUUGGCUCUAAAUGCGCUGCUUCACUCUUACAGGCCAGAUUUGGCAGGAGACUAUGAUGCUUUAGACUUCUCUGAAACAAUGAAUGGCAGAAAAACGAAUGUGAAAAAGGCCUUAGUUGUGGCAAGAGCGAUGGGAGUUAAUGACAUUCCGGAUGAAAACGACAUUCUCACACCUGACAGCAAAAUCAUUAGACUUCUCCUUGAACGGUGA